UGAAAUAUGCUUGUAUCUCUUUCCAAUUAAGUUUUUUAUGGAAAAAUUAAUUAUUCCUGAUGUGUGAAUGAGUGGUUAUCACAACUUGAACUUAUCACCUUAGGCAAAUUCUGGCCCCACCUUUGUCACCACCCUAAGCUAUGCUUAUCUAUCUUAAAAUAAUUAUACAAAGAAUCUUUUAGUUUAUCUUUCAAUUUCAAGAAAAACUUGUAUGGUCACAACAUUUUAUACAUGUUUGUACUUUGUAUUUUAAUAUUCUAUUAUCAUGUAAAUAUUUUGGAUUGAUCUCAAGACUUUAGAUUUUUUCAAAUUAUAAACUGUACUUUAUAGAUAGUUGUAAUAAAUAUGGCUAAUCAAGUAACCAUAAAAUAACUGUCCUAGUUUGUUUGAGAUCUGUGUUUGUCUUGACCCACAUCAAUUAAUGCCAUGAAUUAGAUGUUGUAUAUUUGAUAUCCACAAGGUUCGAACUCGAGACAAAGUUGGUCCAGGACAUGGACCGACUUAAAUUUCUCUGCCAAACCUUCUUUCUCAACCGUAAUGAAACUACCAUUGUACUAUAGAGGUACCUAUAAAAACAUUCUGCAACACAAAAAAUGGCCUUAGAUGGAUACAUCGAUGAUACCGCGUCUUUUGAAGACCAACCAUCUUUAAAAAAUUGGAAACCUUCCAAAGAUGGCAUGACAGAUUCUGAUAGAAAUGCAUCUGGUGGAUUUGAUUGCAACAUCUGCCUGGAUUGUGUGCAGGAUCCGGUUGUCACAUUUUGUGGCCAUCUUUACUGUUGGCCUUGCAUUUACAAAUGGCUUCAUUUAAAAACCAGUGUCUAUUCGGAAUACGAAGAACAGCAGAAGCCGCAAUGUCCGGUCUGCAAAUCAGAACUCUCUCAAUCCUCCUUAGUUCCAUUAUAUGGCCGCGGCCAAACUAAGACAACUUCCGAAGAGAAGGUGAACCAAGUAGGGAUUGUCGUGCCUCAAAGGCCUUCGGGUCCGAGAUCAUACAAUGCUACAACUGUUUCUCAAUCUAGUUAUCAAAGUUAUCGUCAUCCUCAACAAUUCAACUCGAUUCCUAGCGAUCCCUCGCGGAUGUUUAGCACGAGUGGUUCGGCACUAGACAAUACAUAUGGAAUUUUUGGUGAGAUGAUAUAUGCAAGGGUGUUUGGCAAUCAGGUGGAAAAUAUGUAUACAUAUCCUAAUUCAUAUAAUUUUCAAGGGAGCAAUAAUUCAAGGAUGAGGAGACAUUUAAUGCAGGUUGAUAAAUCACUCAGCAGAAUCUGUUUUUUCCUACUUUGCUGCUUAGUUUUGUGUCUUCUCUUAUUCUGAAGAAUACUAUUUUCAAUUUCAACUUUAGAAACAGUGCAUAUAUCUUUGUAUAGAAUAUGUUUAGUAUUUUGAAUUUCUGAUUCAGAUUGAGAAUUGAUGAUGAGAUGUAUAAUUAUCACUCUUCAUUUUAGCAUGUGUGAAAUAGAUGUUGUAUUAUGGUUAUGUAAUUGAGAUUCAAAUCGUGAAUCGUAUAAUCUAUUUUUCAAAGUUAAAUAAUUUGUUA